AUGGAGAUUACAUAUGUUCCUCAUCGAUGGAGAUACAAUGCCUUUGUAAGUUUCAGAGGUGAAGAUAURCGUARAAGUUUCAUCGAUCAUUUGUUCAAAGAUUUCAGGCAAAAGGGAAUUCWUGCUUUUAGAGAUGACACUCAAUUGCCAAGAGGAGAAGAGAURKCUUCUGAACUCUACAAGGCCAUUGAAGAAUCAAGGUUUUUGAUAGUUAUCUUSUCCAAAAACUAUGCCUCUUCAACAUGGUGUUUAAGGGAACUUGUAAAAAUCCUCGAGUGCAAGCAAUUGGGAGAGCACAAACAUGAGCUUCGGAUUAUAUUUUAUGAUGUUAAGCCUAAUGUUGUGAGGAAACAAACUGARAGMUUUGCARAAGCAUUUGACAAAUAUGAAGUUUCAAACAAAACAGAGGUGGAUAAAUGGAGAAAAGCUUUAUUCACGGCAAGCAAUUUAUCUGGAUGGGAUCUCCAAGACAUGGUAAAUGGCUAUGAGUCCAAGCUCAUUGAUAGUAUCUCCAGCGAAAUACUUGAGAAGUUAUGUGAUGGACCCUUACAUAUCGGUGAAAAUCUAGUAGGGGUGGAUGCUCGUUUAAAUAAUCUAAACUUGUUGCGCAUUGUUGGUUCUAGUAAGGUUCACAUGAUUGGAAUAUGUGGUGUUGGUGGUAUAGGAAAGACAACACUUGCCAAAACUAUAUAUAACCUCAUGUAUAUCCACUUUGAGGAAUGUAGCUUUUUGGAAGAUGUCCAAGGAUCCACAAAACGACAUGGACUAACUCAGGUUGUAAUGCAACUUAUUARUGACAUCAUGAAAACAGCAGAUGUGAAGGUAUCCAACAUCAGUCAAGCAAUUAUGGUAAUGAAGCARAUSAUAGCAUCUAGGAGCAUCCUACUUGUUGUAGACGGUGUCGAUCAUCAAGAACAGUUAGAAGCACUAGCAGGUUCUUGUAAUUGGUUUURUCCRGGAAGUUUGAUUAUUUUCACAAGCAAGGACAAACGGUUGCUAGCUCAUAAGGUGGAUGAAAUMUAUGAUAUGGAACUGUUAGAUGAUGUCGAAGCUCUUGAGCUCUUUAGCUUGUAUGCCUUUAGACAAAAACAACCUACAAAACACUUCAUCGAGCUUGCUGACCAAGUUGUGGAUUAUGUGCAAGGGCACCCUUUGGCUCUCAAAGUUUUGGGAUGUUUUUUGUACGGAGAGACCGUACAUGUGUGGAAAAGCGAGCUGGAUAAGUUGUGGACAUAUCCCAAUGCAGACAUACAACAAUUGCUUCGAUUGAGUUUUGAUGGAUUAGACUCCAUUCAACAAAGGGUCUUUCUUGAUAUUGCAAGUUACCUUAUCGGGGAAACUAAUGAUUUUGCAGCGAGUGUACUAGAUAGUUGUGACUUUUUUGCUGAUACUAGUAUCAAAACUCUAGUUGACAGGUCAUUAAUUACUAUUUCCAGCACURAGUUACUUCAAAUGCAUAACUUGAUUCAAUGCAUGGCAAUGGAGAUUGUUCGUGAAGAGUCUAAGCAGGUUGGGGACCGAAGCAGAUUGUGGAUUCAAUCAGAGGUUUGUGAUGCAUUGAGAAGAAAUAAGGUAUCAGGAGCAGUUGAAGUUUUAGUCCUUCUGAUAAAGAGAUCUAGUCAAAACAUUCACAUUGAUUGUAAAUCUUUCACACUUAUGAAUAAUCUGCGGAUCCUUGAAAUUCGUUAUCUGGAACCGCAUCGGACAUUUCUACGGAAUCCACAAAAGGAAUCUAUCGUGAAGUUCUCUGGAAAUUUGGAAUUUUUAUCGGAUGAGUUAAGGCUGUUUUAUUGGCAUGGAUACCCUUUCGACUUCUUACCAUCCAAGUUUUAUCCAGAAAACAUUGUUUCCAUUGAUAUGUCUUACAGCCAUAUAAAAAAUCUCUGGACAACACCCAUGUGUUUUAAGAAGUUGAAAGAGAUGACAUUGAGCUACUGCCAUCACCUAACAAAUUUGCCCGACUUCACAGAUAUUCCAAAUCUUGAAUAUCUAUUUCUUGAUGGUUGUGUAAAUUUGAUCGAAGUUCACCCGUCUGUUGGACUGCUCAAGAGGCUUCUUUACUUGAAUUUGGAAAAUUGCUACAACCUCCGGAGUUUCCCAGACAAAGUGCAAAUGGAAUCUCUUAGACAUUUGAUUAUUUGGGGAUGCACAAAAGUGGAGAAUUGGCCUAAGGUGUUAGGCAAAAUCAAGACUUUGAUAGAGCUUGGUGUUGAUCUACCUGCCAUAAACGAACCUCCAUCUAUUGUAUCGUCUAUAAGCAACCUUCAAUCAUUGUUGAUUCAUGGACACGAGCGGAUCCGGUCUAGAUGGCGGAAUUCAGAGUUUCAACCUUCAUCGUCACCAAGUAAAUGGUAUCAUCCCCAAAGUUUUGUGAUCCCUUCGUUUGCGAGUCUACAUUUUCUUAAACAUCUACACGUUAGCAACUGCAAUAUAUCUGAAGUGAGCUCUGACAUCUUUGAAGCCUUAUCAUGUUUAAAAGAAUUAGACCUUCAUGGGAAUAGUUUUUCUAGCUUGCCUGCAAGUUUGAGUCAACUAAAUCAACUUGAAUAUCUUGAUAUUAGUGAUUGCGAGAAGCUUGAAGUAUUGCCAGAAAUUCCUCCCAAAGUUUAUUCUUUUGCAGCAUAUGGUUGCACCUCGUUGCACGAUGUGCGGAGACGACUACCAAUCAUGCAUCCUAGGGGUUUGCAGAUAUAUCUCUUUGGUUGUCGAAAAUUGGUCGAGAAACAUACUAUUGAAAGCUUGGUGUCUAUGUUGUUGCCACAGGGACUAAAUGACUUCGGUGGAAAUUUUGAUGUCCAUAUUCAUGGAAGUAGAAUUCCUCGGUGGUUUACACAUCAAAGUACGAGAAAAGGUGUAAUGGUCGUAUUACCUUCAAGUUGGCGCUAUAAUAAGUUUCGGGGAUAUGUAGCUUGUGUUGUUUUCACGCUCAAAAAACCUUGCAAUUAUACUGAAGUUCAUGAGCUUAGCACUCUAAGAUGCUCCGUGAACAACUUUGACGGAGGUAAUUUGCACCGAAAGCAGUCAUGUGGCAUAUCUUAUGAGUUCGUGGAUAACUGCACAAGGAUCGUUGGGUCGGAUAUGAUAUGGUUGCAUUAUUCGAAGUCUAAACCGAGUUGGAUGAAAGCAAAGAAUCUGAUUACUUUUUCCUUCAGUUGUCCCUUUCUUGAGGUGAAGCAAUGUGGUGUAAGACUUUUUUGUGAUGAAGAUAUACAGGAAGAUAUGGAUUUAAGUAUGACCCAAGACCUCUCAACUCAACCACAAGAGGGUGGUAUCUUUGACCCAAAUCAUGAGUGGGUUUUAGGAUCGAUUAAAGAUGAGUAUCCAAGGGUUGUAUUUAGGUAA